AUGAACUUCUAACUAAUUUAAAAUAUCUUACCAAAAAUAUCAUUAAUCAAAAAAAAUAAAAUCAAUUAAAUAAACAUUAUUUAUUAUAUUUAUAAGGCUGAAAAACUCAUAGAUUAGAAGUUAAUCUUUCUAAAAAUCGGAAAUUCUCAAUAAACAUAAGAUACAUACAAGAGUAUCGUAUUUCAAAAUUAAAUUUUAGAUUCAUAUAAAGGUCAAAAAAAAAAAAGUCUGUCUUAUGAAUGUUAAACCAAAAUUAAAUAAUAAAUUAGCAUUUAGAGGUCUAAUCAAUGUUCACAUUUCCAUCAUCAGCCGAUGAUUAAUGGAGUCCAAUUUUUAUUGAUUGUCUUACUUAUCGUUAGAAAUUUGAAACCUUGGUAGCUUAUUAGAAUGGAAAUUAAACAUAUAUUUGAGCUAUACUCUUACUUCUAAAGUUGAAAUAAAAGUUUAGUAUUAGACUUUUGACAAAUCAACCCCAUUGUGUUUCCUCUUUUAUUUGUUCCAUUUUGCAAUGAUGACUGCAAAGAUGUAAUAUAAUAUUGCAGUAGAUGUAUGUGCUGCCACAGUGGAAUAAACUAAAUAUAAGCCUUUAGGAAGUUGA